AUGCAUGUAUUUUAGUCUUCCAUACAUUUAUUUUGUAAAAAAUGUGCCGACAUGCUGCAGCAGCAUUGGUGGAAGAAGUGUUCAGUGUGUGUGUGUUUGCGUGCGCGCGUGCGCGUGCAGUAUUAAGUUGCAUAAGAUGAAAAUACAAGUACCUCAAAAUUUUACUGAAAUGUACUAAGUUACUUCCGGCCACUGUCAUAUUAGUAAUAAUUCCACCCAAGGCUGUUUUAUUAGUGUUAGAAUAGAAUAAGUGCAGUUUUUGUGUAACUUCUAAUUUUAUUUUUAUUUAUUUAAAUAUGAAGCGAUAGGGCUUUUAUUGUGAAAGACUGGUGUCGGAAGUGGUGUGGACCGCGAACGUAUACACAGAGACAGUAGCGAGAGAUAGAAAAUCUUUGAUACAAUGUUUCUCGCCGUUACACCUCUGUCCCGAAGUUUGAAUGUAACGGUGUUAUACUGCGAAUCGUUCGGCGUCGUUUCCUUGAUCUCUGCCGCUAACCGGAAGUGGACUGACGGAGAUACGUUUCUACCUGCGUGGUGUUGAGUCUCUCAGCGGGUCAGAGUCCAGACCGGAUCCACUUAUUAACAGGUGUUCACGUCACCUGCUCUGACUACAGGAUGGCGGUGCAGCGGGUGGCGGUUAUCGGGGCCGGGGCGGCGGGACUCUGUGCGGCCAGACACAUCCUGUCCCGCCCGAACAGCUUCGCCCGCCCGGUGGUGUUCGAGCUCACCGACAACAUCGGCGGCACCUGGUGUUACGAUGAGCGCGUUGGUAGCUAUGACAACGGACGACCGGUUCACAGCAGCAUGUACAGAGACCUCAGGACCAACCUGCCCAAAGAGGUGAUGAUGUUCCCUGAUUUCCCCUUUGACCCUCAGCUGAGCAGCUUCCUGCCCCAUCAGGAGGUGCAGAGGUACCUGGAGAGGUACUGCCACAGCCACAACAUCCGCCCUCACAUCAGGUUCAACACUGCGGUGGAGAACGUGAAGCCUGUCGUCGAGGAGGAGACGACCACGUGGGAGGUGACGUCAUGUGAUUCGUCAGGCGGUCAGAAAACGGAGACCUUUGACUCGGUGUUUGUCUGCUCAGGUCACUACUCUGACCCGCACAUCCCAGACAUACCAGGGCUGGAGAACUUUAAAGGUGAGGUGCUCCACAGUCACUCGUACAGGUACGCAGAGCCGUUCUCAGGUCAGUCGGUCGUGGUUCUGGGAGCCAAAGCUUCAGGACUGGACAUUUCCAUUGAACUGGCCAAAGUCGGCGCCCAGGUAACUCUGAGUCACGACCGUCCUCGUCUCACCUUCCCUCUUCCCUCUGGGAUUCGACAGUCCAGUCCGGUGGUGGCGGUCCAGGACGACGGCAGCGUUCGCUUCCAGGACGGGUCUGUGGGCCGGGCCGACGUCCUCAUGUUCUGCACCGGGUACAACUUCAGGUAUACGUUCCUGGACGCAGAUCAGCUGAGGUUGGAGAUCCAGGACCACAUGGUGUCUCCGCUGUACCGCUUCCUGACGCCACCCGCCUUCCCCUCGCUCUUCUUCAUCGGCAUCUGCAAGAUCAUCUGCCCCUUCCCCAACUUCGACUGCCAGGAAGAAGAAAACAGACAGAUACAGGAGCGAGACGACACGACAAAGGGAAAGAUGAAGUUAAAAAGUCAGAGGCAACAACAGGAAACAUCCGUCUCUUCUGGUUCUUAUCCUCAGGUCCAGUUCGCUCUGGCUGUGUUGGACGGCUCCGUCUCUUUACCGUCUCGGGCCGAGAUGGAGGACGAGGUCCGUCGAGAGCUGCAGGAAAAGGUGGAGCGUGGAGUCCAGCGGCGCCACCUGCUGAUCAUGGAGAAGGAUCAGUGGGAGUACUGCCGGACGCUGGCUCACGCCGCCGGCUUCCCGCCGCUGCCUCCUGUCGUACGCAGCCUGUAUGAGGAGGUGUGGCGACAGAGACAGAUUCACCCCCAAAGCUACCGGAGCCUCAACUACAGGCUGAUCAGUGACACCCAGUGGGAGCUGAUCGAUUGAUCAAUGGAGAAAAAUGUAUGAUCAAAAUCACAAAAUAAUAAUAAUAAACAGUAAUUUUAUAAAGAACUUCAGCUGAACAACCUUCAAACAGGGAGAAAGUCCAGGAAACACAAGUUGAUGCAGCUCGUCACCUGAAGCUCAGUCCACCAUCUUGGAUUUCACCUUUCAGCUCCACUGACUCUGAAAACAAUCACCUGCACUCCAUCAGUUGGCCGCUGCAUGACUGUGGUCCAGACUGAAGCAUCUCAGCAGCCUCUGGAUGAGACCUCAUGACAUUCAUGUUCUCCAGAGGAUGAACCUCACAGACGGUGGUGAUCCUCUGACUUCUCCUCUGGCGCCACCAUCAGGUCACAUUUGGUUUAUGAUCAACACCUGCAGAGCUGCAGCUGUACUGGCAACUCAGAGGUUCUUAUUAAUGGCUAAUAACUGAUCUAUAAGAGGUUAUUAAUAAUUCAUAAAUGCAUUAAUUAUAGCUAAUAAAUGGAGCCUCUUUAGGAAGCGGUGCCUGAGACAGAACGUGAAGCUUGUGUUUGAGUUUGGUUGUUGUUUAUUAGCCAACAAACAAAUCAGCAAUAAACUGUACAUUAUUAACCCCUGAGGAGACAGACCCAUGUGAGUCAUAACACUGGUCUCCUCUGAAAGGAAACUUUAAAUUCUACAACCAAACAAAGUCACAGAGACACUGACAUUAAGAAAUUUAAGUUUUUUUGUCUGAUUUAUGUUUUUUGGCAUAAAAAGAGAAAGUAAGGUCUGUAGUUGGAGCUGUGGUGGAGUGUGAACAGCUGCUGAAGUGAUGUGAGGAUCAGGAGACUAACAGCUUUCUAAUAAUGUAUAAGUUUGUCCAGGUUGUGUGAAGACGGAGUCUGGUGAACACACUUUAAUCAGUGCGACCGGGUCACAGAGGACGGACGUGGACUUUAAAAGGUUAAGGUACGGUGGCCCCGAGAGGUCAAAGCACUGCAACUGAAGAAAACAACACACAACACAACGGAAGUGUUUCCAGGGGACACAAAAAAAUGCCGCACCAGUCUGGGACACAGCAGUGAACUCUCUUCUGAUUGGCUGACUGUUUUCUGAGUGAUCCAAUAAAAAUAAAGCAGAUUUCAGGAAAAAAACACUCAGAGAAACCAAAUCCUGCAAGGUUUGGAUGGUGGGUCCAGGUGGGCGGGGCUUGGUGGCUGCUUUGUUGUGACAUCACAAAGUUCCAGAAGUCCUGACGGCUGGUUUUAAGGCUCAGUUUCUGAAUACAGGCUGUGUGCAUUUCUCUGUGGACUGAGGCUUUGAUACUUUCACAGUAUUAAUAUAGAAGCUAGAGCUGAUCUAUAAUCUAUAAUCACACUACACAUGGACACACACCUUUACACUGGAGGAGAUUUAAAUUGCAGUGUGUUGAGCUCUCAGGGCCACCGUGCUGACGAGAUAUAAAGUCCUGUGCAAAACGUGCAAACUUGUUUAAUAAACAUCGAUCUGAA